AUGACAGCUGCACUGUGUCAUGAAGGUGGUGGUGAUUUCUACCGGAGAGACCAAAUAAGAAGAAAGCUGAGAGAGGGGGGCAGACGUUUUUUGGAUGACAAAGGAUGGACCGUACACUGCCGUUCCCGACGAGUCAGUUUGCUGAAUUGUUACUCUUUGACAGUGUGCAUCUAUGUUCUCUUUGCUAUUGUAGGUUUCCGUCUAAUCCCGCAGCUGAAAGGCAUGAGUGUGUUUCUGGUGCUAUUUCCCACCCUGCUGCUGGUUAUGCUGACGGGGGCUCAGAGAGCUUGCCCGAAGAAUUGCAGAUGCGAUGGCAAAAUUGUGUACUGUGAGUCUCAUGCCUUUGCAGACAUCCCAGAGAACAUUUCUGGAGGGUCACAAGGUUUAUCCUUAAGGUUCAACAGCAUUCAGAAACUCAAAUCCAAUCAGUUUGCCGGCCUUAACCAGCUUAUAUGGCUUUAUCUUGACCAUAAUUACAUUAGCUCAGUGGAUGAAGAUGCCUUUCAAGGGAUCCGCAGACUGAAAGAAUUAAUUCUAAGCUCGAACAAAAUUACCUAUCUGCACAAUAAAACAUUUCACCCAGUCCCCAAUCUCCGCAACCUGGAUCUCUCCUACAACAAACUUCAGACCUUGCAAUCUGAGCAGUUUAAAGGCCUCCGGAAACUCAUCAUUUUGCACUUGCGAUCUAAUUCCCUAAAAACCGUGCCCAUAAGGGUUUUUCAAGACUGCCGGAACCUUGAUUUCCUGGAUUUGGGUUACAAUCGUCUCAGAAGCUUAUCCCGAAAUGCAUUUGCUGGUCUUCUGAAGUUGAAGGAGCUCCAUCUGGAACACAAUCAGUUUUCAAAGAUCAAUUUUGCUCAUUUUCCUCGUCUCUUCAACCUGCGAUCCAUUUACUUGCAGUGGAACCGGAUCCGCUCUGUGAGCCAAGGCCUAACAUGGACCUGGAGUUCCUUGCACACCUUGGAUCUAUCAGGGAAUGACAUCCAAGCAAUCGAGCCUGGCACAUUUAAAUGCCUCCCUAAUUUGCAAAAAUUGAAUUUGGAUUCCAACAAGCUCACCAACGUCUCCCAGGAGACCGUGAAUGCAUGGAUAUCCUUAAUAUCCAUCACCUUGUCUGGAAAUAUGUGGGAAUGCAGUCGGAGCAUCUGUCCUCUGUUCUACUGGCUGAAGAAUUUCAAAGGUAAUAAAGAAAGUACCAUGAUAUGUGCAGGGCCUAAGCACAUACAGGGCGAGAAGGUCAGCGAUGCUGUGGAGACUUACAACAUCUGCUCCGAGGUCCAGGUGGUCAACACAGAAAGAUCACCCCUGGCGCCUCAAACUCCCCAGAAGCCCCCGUUCAUUCCCAGGCCUACCAUCUUCAAACCUGAUGCCAUCCCAGCCACCCUAGAGUCAGCGAGUCCAUCCCCGGGCUUUCCGAUUCCAGGCACGGAUCAUGAGUACGAGCAUGUGUCAUUUCACAAAAUCAUCGCGGGGAGCGUGGCUCUGUUCCUCUCGGUGGCCAUGAUUCUCCUGGUGAUCUAUGUAUCUUGGAAAAGGUACCCAGCCAGCAUGAAACAACUCCAACAGCACUCGCUUAUGAAGAGGAGGCGGAAAAAGGCAAGGGAGUCAGAGAGACAAAUGAAUUCCCCUUUACAGGAAUACUACGUGGACUACAAGCCGACGAACUCUGAGACCAUGGAUAUAUCGGUUAAUGGAUCUGGUCCCUGCACAUAUACCAUCUCUGGCUCCAGGGAGUGUGAGAUACCCCACCACGUGAAGCCCUUGCCGUAUUAUAGCUAUGAUCAACCUGUGAUUGGGUACUGCCAAGCCCACCAGCCUCUCCACAUCAACAAGGCAUAUGAGGCUGUGUCCAUAGACCAGGACGAUAGCCCCAGUUUGGAGCUUGGGAGAGACCACAGCUUCAUCGCCACCAUAGCCAGGUCGGCUGCACCUGCCAUUUAUCUGGAGAGAAUAACUAACUAA